CGGAAAGGGACGGAAACUAAACGAACCAACGGGCUUAAUUCCGUGUGAGGCACGUAUUUGGGCUCAGCACUUCACUACAGAGUUCUGCGUCCUCUCCAGGUCUCCGCGGUUUGCACGAGCGGGAGCCACUGUUUCUGCAUUCCUGGGGUUUUCUUACAUGCCUGUUUUCCUCAAAAUGAGUGGUAGUAUCACCUUAAGAUCUUUUGGCAGAUUUUUGGUGCCAUUUACCAUUCAUAGGAAAAAAGGGGUUUUAUGUUCAACAAUUCUGCAGAGAUCUAUGUCUUCCAAAAUACCAACUGUGUCCUAUCCUAAGAAGGAGAGUACAUCACCUCCUGAACAGCUGGGAUUGGAUGGGUGGAAAAUUACAAUGAAAUCUAGCAUGCAAGAAGAAGAUGCUUCAGCAGUCUCAAGCAGCAAGGAUGAAGAUCCUCUAGUUGCCAUCAGGGAGUUAAUUGAGAUGUGGAGAUUGUUUGGCAAAGAAGUACCAGAACAAAUCAGUGAAGAAGAACUCAAAAGUGCUAUGGGAUGUGUUUCUAAAUCAUCAAAAAAAAAAUACUUAAAAUAUUUAUAUAUUAAGGAAAAAAUUAAAAAAGCCAAGCAAAUAAAAAAGGAAAUGAAAGCAGCAUUAAAGGAAAAAGCCAAAAAUGACCAAUUACUGGAAACCACUAAGGAAGAUAAACAGCAAAACUUUCUAUUUCUACGACUUUGGGAUAGGAAUAUGGACAUUGCCAUGGGCUGGAAAGGUAUUCAGGCCAUGCAGUUUGGACAACCUUUGGUUUUUGACAUGGAUUAUGAAAAUUAUAUGAAACCAAAGGAACUUCAGAGUACUAUUUCCCAACUUUUAGAAAGUGAAGGAUGGAACAGAAGAAAUGUUGAUCCUUUCCAUAUUUAUUUCUGCAACCUUAAAGUAGAAGGCGCUUAUCAUAAAGAGUUAGUUAAACGUUAUGGAGAAAAAUGGGACAAAUUGCUAUUAACAGCAACAGAAAAGUCUCAUGUAGACUUAUUCCCAAAGGAUAGCAUUAUAUAUUUAACUGCAGAUUCUCCCAAUGUUAUGACAACUUUCAAGCAUGAUAAGAUUUAUAUAGUGGGAUCUUUUGUUGAUAAGGCUAUGCAGACAGGCACAUCCCUAGCCAAGGCAAAACGGCUGAACCUGGCAACAGAAUGCCUUCCAUUAGAUAGGUAUUUACAGUGGGACACUGGUACCAAAAAUCUCACCUUAGAUCAGAUGAUGCGUAUUUUGUUAUGUCUGAAAAACACUGGUAGUUGGGAAGAGGCUCUGAAGUUUGUUCCUAGGAGAAAACAUACUGGUUUUAUGGAGAUUUCUCGACAUUCUCAAGAGCUUGUCAACAGAUUAAAGAAGUCAAAACCUUUUAAUUCAUUUCCAAAAGGCUCUCUAAAUAUACACACACAGAAAAGGUGGCUUGAAUGAGAAUAUUUGAUAACUUAAAAAAUAAGUGGUCACAGUAUGUGUAAAUCAAACCAUGAUGCUGUAUGCCUUAAACUCUUAUUGUGAUUUAUGUCAAUUAUUUCUCAAUAAAAUUGGGGGGGGAAAGCAUAUGGAGUAGAAAUACAA